AAAGAUGUCAGAUAGAUGCUGAGGGAAAAAAAAAACCGAGUGUAUAUAAGCCAUCACCUGAAUGAGGGUUCACCUUGUCUCGAGCCGGAUUCAACAGCAGACACACCUGCGCAGCAACUGAACAAGGAUUUUUCCUCUGUACCUGAAGUUUUAAAGAAAACAUUUGUAGAUCGCCACAGAAUGCCCAACAGCUGUAGAUGCUUGGUUUUGCUACUUGCCUUCACUGCGAUCAUAUUAAUGGCCAACGGGCAAAGGCAGCACAACAGCCGAUCGACAUCGUUGCGAUCCAUGUCACAAGUCCGUACUGCCACCACUAGCACCACCAGCAUGCCGUUUACACUGGAGGCGGAGGAUCGGAUUUCAACAGAUUUCGAGCCACGGCCGAGUCUUACAAUUCAACCGGAGGAUCGACUGAAAUUGCGCCAGAGCGUCAUGGAUCUCAACAAGAGGAGGCGAGUGACAGCCAUCAAGCCGACCAUGUCCCCUGACGUUAUAUCCACUCCGAACGUAUACCACUUUUUUUCCAAGAAACGUUUUGAGAGAGUACGAUCCAACUUGACGGUGACGACGUCGCAACCUCCGACAUCUUCGACCGUGGAAUCUGCUCCAACAUCCGACGUAGUCGCUGCUUGAAGAGUCCACAUAUUUAAAAAAAAUAAUAUGCGUACCUCUGUACAGAUGAAUAUGAUAGACAAAUCAAGACAUUUCAGAAUAACAUAAUGGUAUGGUACGGUCAAUAGCCAUUUGUUUCGAAUAUUUUUCCGAUCAAUAAAUUUGCGCUUUUUUCUUAA